ACCAACUCGGGUGAAACGGAGAUGAACACCGCCCAAUGCUCGAGGCGAACGACGCAAACCCGCCACUCUCGUGUAGAUAACGUGUGCCCCGCCGGCUGUUGUUGUGCAUGCACUCUCAAAUAGCCAGAAUUAUCACUCUUAUCAAGCUGAACAGUGUACAGUGCCAGUUGCACACAGUCGCCGCAGAGCAAAUCCGUCACUCGAUCGCUCAAGAGGACAGCAAUACACAAUUGGAGGCGAAAGUAUUUCCAAACUGAUAACGGCCUCGCAGAUAGUGUCACAUGGUAGGGGCACCGCGCGCAGCCGGCAGUUGCUAACAGAACCUCCAGCGGACUGCAAGCGCUUCCAGCUAGGAUAGACAUGAUAGGAACACUGCUGCAAAGGGGGCCAAAGCUGAACAACGUCAUUUGCAAGAUCCUCGGCACACGCAGCAUGAGCGGCAUGACGAAGUAUUUGGUCGAAGAGGACAAUUUUGCCUUCCUGCGCGAUCUCGGCCUGCAGCGCGUGAACAAUGGCGUGUACAACGGCGAAUGGGUGGCCGGCACGGCCAGCAAGGUGCAGUCGAUCGAUCCCGCUUCCGGCCGGGUAAUAGCGGAGGUUGCUACCGGCUCCGAGCAGGAUUUGGAACGCUGCCUGACGGCCGGUGUGGCCGCCUACCAGGAGUGGAAGAAAAUACCGGCCCCGCUGCGCGGUGACGUCAUACGCCAGAUUGGCGACGAGCUGCGCAAGUACCGGGAGCCGCUCGGCAAGCUGGUGGCACUGGAGAUGGGCAAAAUCCUGCCCGAGGGGGUCGGCGAGGUGCAGGAGUUUGUGGACAUCUGCGACUACGCGGUCGGGCUGUCGCGCAUGUUCGGCGGCGCCAUCUUUCCCUCCGAGCGGCCGCAGCACACGAUCCUGGAGAAGUGGAACCCGCUCGGGCUGGUCGGUGUCAUAUCGGCGUUCAACUUCCCCUGCGCCGUCUUUGGCUGGAAUGCGGCGAUCGCACUGACGGUUGGCAACACCGUGCUGUGGAAGGGCGCCCCGAGCACGUCGCUCGUGAGCGUGGCGACCACCAAGAUAGUGACCGACGUGAUCAAGCGCAACAAGCUGCCCCCAAUCGUGACGCUCUGCCAGGGCGGCGAGGACGUCGGCAAGCGGAUGGUGAGCGACGAGCGCAUCAGGCUGAUGUCCUUCACCGGCAGCACGGCCGUCGGCCGCACGGUCGGCAUCGAGAUGCAGCGCCGGUUCGGCCGCUGCCUGCUGGAGCUCGGCGGCAACAAUGCGCUCAUCAUCAACGAGGAUGCGCCGCAGGAGAUGGCGCUGGAUGCGGCGUUCUUCGGCUGCAUCGGCACGGCCGGCCAGCGGUGCACCACGACCAGGCGGCUGAUCAUACACGCCAAGCUGUACGAUAGCUUCAUCGCGAAGCUGGUCAAGCGGUACGCCAGCCUGCUGAAGCGCGUCGGCCAUCCGCUGGACUCGGCCACGUUGUACGGGCCGGUGCACAACCAGCAGGCGGUGGACAAUUACUUGCAGACGGUGCAGGAAGCGGUCGCGCUCGGUGGCAAGAUCGAGUGCGGUGGCAAGGUGAUCGAUCGGGCCGGGUUCUUCGUCGAGCCGACCAUCAUCUCCAACCUGCCGCACAAUGCGCCGGUCGUGAAGCGGGAAACGUUUGCGCCCAUCGUGUACGUGUUCAAGGCGAGCAACUUGCAGGAGGCGAUCAGCUGGAACAACGAAGUCGACCAAGGGCUGUCGUCGUCCCUUUUCACCAACAACAUCCAGUCGGCAUUUGAGUGGCUGGGAGAGAGUGGUUCUGACUGCGGCAUCGUAAAUAUCAACACUUCGCCCUCGGGAGCGGAAAUUGGAGGAGCGUUCGGUGGCGAGAAACAUACCGGCGGUGGCCGUGAAUCGGGAUCCGACGCCUGGAAGCAGUACGCGCGACGAUCAACUAUAACCGUCAACCAUUCAACCGAUUUGCCACUGGCACAGGGAAUUGUAUUUGAAUAAGUGGAGGGCUUACAUCUUUGUUUUAUAAAGUUUGUAAUAAAUACAGACGAGCAAGUCUGACUGAUUAAUGUGUAAA